UUACUGGCUCGCUGCAUUCGUAGGGUUUUCCGUUGGUGGCGCCAAAAGAGAGAGAGAGAGACAGAGAGAGCCGCGAGAGAAGGGAUUUCAGCGACGGAUAGAGAGAAAGACGAGGAAACCUUGGAGAAGAUUCCGAUUCACCUGAGGGUUUCUUUUUGAGAAUUCCAAUUACAAUCGAUUUCAAGCUCCCAACAAUGGAGGCUGAUUCUCUUCCUCCUCCAUCCAGCCGCUGCUGGACGGACAUCGUACAAAAGCCCCCACCGCAGAAGCCGCAGGAACCGCCGAUCUCGAACCGCAUCAUGUUUGACAGUUGCAAGUCGAGCAAGGGCGUGGCGGUGGCUGUGGUGGACGCCAACGCCAUAAUUCAAGGUGGGGAGAAGCUGGCGAGCUGCGCCGACAAGUUCGUGUCGGUGCGGGAGGUCCUUGAGGAAGUGCGGGACCCGGUCUCUCGCCGCAGGCUCGAUUUCUUGCCCUUCACUGUCGAAACGAUGGAGCCUUCUCCAGAUGCCUUGAAGAAGGUUAUCAACUUUGCGAAGGCGACUGGGGACUUGCAGACUCUUUCUGAUGUUGAUCUUAAGCUAAUUGCUCUGACUUACAUGUUGGAAGCUCAGUUCCACGGGACUAACCAUCUUAGGGACAGCCCUCCGUCACUGCACAUGGUCAAUGUGAAAAGACUGCCCGAGAAAGAAAUGCCUGGGUGGGGCUCCAACGUGCCUAACUUGGCAGAGUGGGAAGCUCUAGAAAAUGAUGCAAGCUCAGAUUUGGGUUCCUCCCGGAUCCUCCCACUAAAAGACCUCAGCUUGAAUGUCCCAAUGGAUGGUCAAAGUGGGUCCGGAAAUGUAAUACCAGAGACUGGUGGUGAUGCGGAAGCUGAGAAUCAAGAGGGUGGGGAUCACGGAUUUAGUAACACUAGAAGGUUCAUUCAUCCGAAGAAAGAGAUUAAGAUUGAAGGAAAAAAGAUGGUAGCUGAUGGAAUUGAUGCCUCACAAGGAGAAGCUGCUGCUGAUGACAGUGAUUGGAUGCCAGCCGUCAGUCGGAGCACUCACAGGAGAUAUAUAAGAAGAAAAGCAAGGCGUGAAUCGGCUGAGGCAUUGGAGAAACUCGAGCCAGAUGAGGUGGCAAGCACAGAUGCUGAAAUUACCGAAAAUGCUGCAGGUAGUGUUCCCGAGGAGAGCAAAUCGGAACAGACUGAAGCUUUCUUGCAUGAAAGUUCCAAGGGGAUGCAGGCUGCAAAUUGGAUUUCGAAAGAUGAAGCAGCUGAGGUUGGUAUUGAUGGAGAUGAUAAUCUCUCAACUAUCUUAAAAAAUAUGAGAUUGGAAGAAGAAUCCUCUGAGCUUCUCAAAGAUGAUCAAGAAGUUGCGGAAGUGGAACCUUAUGACUCUGUGAUGGACCAAAAAAGCCUAGAUAAUGAAGAUGUUGUAGCUGAAAACAGAGUUGAAAUAUCAGGCGAGGGAUUGGAUCACUUAGAGAUCUCUAGCCAAACAGAUGAAAGCAUUGAUACUUCUCAAGUGGACGAUAACGGUAGUGAACAGAGUUGGAUGCUCCGAUCUUUGUCUGACUCGAGUGUAGCAUGUGUGACAAGUGACUUUGCAAUGCAAAAUGUGAUUCUGCAGAUUGGUUUGCGGCUUCUAGCACCUGGCGGAAUGCAGAUUCGUCAGCUGCAUAGGUGGAUUUUGAAGUGUCACGCCUGCAAUAGAGUAACUGCAGAGAUUGGGAGGAUAUUCUGUCCAAAAUGUGGCAACGGUGGCACUCUACGUAAGGUAUCUGUUACAGUCGGUGAAAAUGGGGUUGUUCUAGCAGCUCGUCGGCCACGUAUUACCCUUCGAGGCACAAAAUUUUCACUACCUCUGCCUCAAGGUGGAAGAGAGGCCAUCACCAAGAACCUCAUUUUACGUGAAGAUCAACUCCCUCAGAAACUCCUCUACCCGAAAUUCAAGAAGAAACCCAAUAAACAGGGAGUGGAAUUUCUGAGUUCAGAUGAUAUCUUUUCUCACACUGCUGACAAGCGAGCCCCAUUGAAGCCUCCUGUUCGAAAAGCUUUGGCAGUUUUCAGCGGAAGGAGGAACCCUAACGACAAUCAUUUCUCUCGUUCGAAGCAUUAGAGUCCAAUUUAUGGAAUAUGUGAUGUUUAAUGUUUUUUCCCGGAAUUUGAAUGGAAGUCAGUCCAAGCAAAUCCAUCUUUUUGGUCCUAUUCAAUCUAUUUUCAUUAUGCUGGCAUGGUACUUUCUAAGGCGACUUUGUCUCAAAAAGGAAACAGUGAAAGUGGGCCUAUUUGGAUACAAGUUUAGAUAACUGUAAUGAUUACCUUUCUCCUGCCCACUUGAUUCCAGAAAAGAGGUGCCGUUUGGAUAACAAGCGGAAAUCCUCAUAUUUGUUAGACAAUGAUCACCUUAGAUCUUGCGACAGAGAAUUUAAACUAUGGAUAAGCCUGAUAAUUACUUUGUGGAA